AAAACAUAAAUAAAAAGAUUCAAACAGCAAACUUGGACUUGAGAUUCUGCACAGUUGUAUCAUCAGUCCUAAACGCUCUGGUCAGGACUGCGUUUGGAAUCUCAGGUUUCGAGCCGAACAGAGUACUAGGCAAAACAACUGCUCCUGGGAGCUGGCUGUUAAAAGCGGGUUUGAGCCAAACAGAGUACUAGGCAGAACAGCCGAUCCUGGAAGCUGACUGUUGAAAGAGGUUAUCAAACGCGCUUUCACUUUACCAACAUUCCAUUGGAAAUGAACCAAUCCUCUAGGGACAACAAACAUCUCUCCGGCAUUCAAAACCUUCGAGAACAGAGUGUUGUUAGUAGUCAAGAACCCGACAAAAACCGAGCCUUCGAUCACAACUCCUGCUUCGGUUGCACGCGGAUGCGAGUGAGGAGGAUUUACACCGCCUGGAGCGAAUUCAACGUUGUUCAUCGAGAGUCCUAAAGUGUUUAGACCCGGAAAAGUUAGGACAUUGGCGGGGGAAACGGCUACGCCGUUAGGGGUCGAGGUGUUUAAAGGACCACCUAAGCCGGAGAAGAAGAAGUCAGAAGCGGAGACGGAUGAUUUGCAAGGGAAGCCAUUGAUGGAAGGAGAAGCUUUGAGAUCGCCGACGCAGAAGUCUUGUAAAGGAUCAGAAUCAGAUGAGAGAGAUGGGAUUACAAAGACACAGA